GUGCUUUUAUUGUGAAGGAAACAGAUCGGAAGUCCCUUCGUUGUUGCUGCUGGCAGGACGCAGGCCGCAGUGAUUUGGUAGCCGCUGCAGUAGGAGGAAGGACCGCGGUUCUACCCUUCUUUCUAUCUUUCAGUUUCACCUCGAAAUCUUAUCGGUAGUUCCCUUUGGUAACGAUCGGCACAUCGAGUGUACAGUAGCGGUGUUCUAUGAUAACAGAGUCGUAGUAUUACCAACGGACAGUGACAUCAAUCGCCAUUUUAAUUGCACGUUUCCCUGACAGAACCGCUAGCACAACAAUGGCUCUGAAAAGAAUUCACAAGGUAAGAAAGUGAGCGGCGAGGCCCCGGAUUUCGCAGUAUCGGAGCAGAUCUUGUUCCAGUCUUGACGAUACUUGGUUAUUUGCCUGUUAAAUUAGAGGGAGAUUGAUUGAAAACUAUUGACUAAAUAACUUAGACCUGGUUUUAACGGGCAGCUAACGGUACCUGAAUAGCGGGUGAGAGCAGCACUGCGCCGCCUGUGAGUGAGCUGCUCUACACGGGCCAACUCAACCCUUCGGCUCCCAACAAGACGCCAGCUUAUACUCUCUUAGUUGCACUCACCCAAAGAUAUUCACUAAAAGCGAAUAUUUUGAUUAUUUUAAAGCCACUCAUGCCCGAGUCAACCAAACAUGUUGGUUAUUUGAGCGGCUGUUAGCUGUGUCGGCUGGCUAAUUUCACUCUGAUAGGCUAAAGAAGUACGAGGAUCAAGCUAAUAGUGUCAGUUACGCUUUACACGUACAAUAAUGAAACGAUUGGUUUAAUACGAAGUGAUACCAAAUCAGUAACUUCUCUAAUUGUGGUGUGCGGUACGGAAAUGUAGCUAACAUCAGUUAUUGCAGGUAUUGACACUGAAGCUUGUUGUACUCGGUCCCUGAUAUGACAGAUAAGCUAUUGAGCUAGCGGCGACGCUAGCGUUUACCCCGCCGUUUAACACUUAAAUCCUCACUGUAUCGUCGAUCUGCUUAUCUCACAUGUGCUGUUAGGUUACUUCUUUAAGUCUGGAAUCCUGGUUCAUUUAAAUUGAAGUGUAAAAAAUUCACAUAUAUUGGUGGGUGUUACGUUAGCUAAAGCUAGCGUAUAUCCCUGCCCUGUUGCACUGCGUUUUCUUCACAGUGCUAACUCGGUCCGCUCUAAAAAAUAUCAAAUCGAAACAAAGGUAUCAUCGAUAAAUGGGGUUGUUGUGACCCUGAAAACAUGAAAACUGGAUGAGGAAGUGUUUGUGGUGGUGUUAGCUCUAACAGUAUGUCGUGUAAAAAAACAGGCCCCACGCGUUGUUCGCCUUUGAUGCCAUGUUGGUGACAGCAGGCAGGGAGCACAUCGUUAGGAGUGUUCAUUUUUUUUCUUUACGUGUUGGGGUAAAUUGUGUAAUUGUGACCGUUUUCUUGUUGAAGUUAAUGAAUUGAGGAGUAUGUUUAAGUGUUCCCAGUGAAGGGUUUAGUUCGCUUGACAGCCUGUGCUGCUGCUGCUGCUGUCUUACUAAAGCUCCCAGCAUUGUCGCUAUGUCAACGUCUGCACCAAAACAAUUUGCCGGGCUACACAUAACUAGCUUUAGGUGACCUACCGACAAUGAAAGUUACAGUCGACCUCUGUUGACCCAUCGUCUUCAUCUCGGCUUGCCCAUUAUAUUUACCACACCUGCUGCACCUGGACUAAUGCCAUUACGUAAUGGCGGUCACUUUAGUAAUCAAAGUUUACAUGUUUCUAUUGUGUUUGGUCAUUAUCAGCAGUUUUUCAUGCAGUGUAACCCAACCCAAUGCUACUAAUAAUUUUUAAUUUUGUUUACAAAGAAUAACCAUUUUUUAAUGGCACCCAUGGGCCUUAUAUGUACAUUUUUAAAAACAUAUGUAAAUUCAUUCAUCAGUAGAUAUUAAUUAAUUCAAGAAGAUGGACAAUAUUGAUGUUGUGGCUUUAAAUAUAUACUUAUUAAUAAUUCAUAGUUAAGUUUUUUUUUCUGUUAUGUAAGUUAUUACUCUUGUUAGCAUUUUUAAUUACACCCCAAUGAUCUGAUCAUCUGGCCUGUCAUUUGUUUGCCCCAGGAGUUGAAUGACUUGGCACGGGACCCACCAGCCCAGUGUUCUGCAGGACCAGUAGGAGAUGACAGUGAGUUGAUCAUUCAAUCCAAAUGUGUCUUUGGUCUCAGAAUUGAACAGUUACCAAAAACGAACCAGUUGUUUACCUCUUAGGCUAUUUUUGACUUGGUUAUUUUUUCAAAAACACAGCAGUUCUAAAAUUAAUAAAUGAAUAAAACUUUGUCACAAAUUUUAGACUAUGCAGAUUUCACAUGUUAUCUGUAAUCCAGAUUUCAGGACGUUCAUCUUGUCAGAGCCGCUCAUUUGUGUUAAAUUGUAUUACUGUUUUAUAUUUGGAUGAGGAAACUGUUAGCAAUACUUGAACCAUAGCCUGCACUUUGAAUUCGUUUGCUGUUUCAGCCUCUUCUCUUAACCUGAGGGAGACAUCACAGUUAUAAGUGAGGGUGCUGACUCUUGAUAAUUGUCACUGAGUGUACUGAUCUAAAUUAUAAAACUAGCUCUGUUUUUAUGCAAAGAUAUCUGGUUACAACCCCUGUCAGUCUCUUUUAAAAUUAGUUAGUAAUUUAAAAAAAAAUUCAGUUCUAAAUUCAGUUUGUACCUGUCAGGUCAUCUUUGAUUUCACUACAAAUUGAAGGUUUCAUCUUGCCUGGCUGGUAUUUUGGUUUAAAGGGAGGAGGGACUUAUAGGUAUCCUUUGUCUACCCCCCUACCAUAUACAGUUAAUAAAAGCCUCUCCAUGCAUUAUUACAGAUUGUCUAAUAUAAUCUAAAUCUUUUUGAAGUAGAUAACAGAGUAAAAAUUAGCAGCAUAUUAAUGAUCUUAGUGUUGUUAGUGAAAAUGAGUGAAUGACAAAAAGAAACUUUUUGUGACUAUUUAAACAGUAACUGCUCACCAAGAAUAAUCAAACAUAAAUAAAUACGUAAAAAACAACAAAAGAUAUUCAAGUUCAAAUCAUUUCAGUACCUUAUUAAAAAAUUCAGCAAAUCAAAGUCAAAGAUGAAUGAUAAAGGUAAAUCCCCCAAAUUUGUCUGCUGGAUUCUACUCGCAACAAGACAUCAAAUUCUGAAAAUGGCAUCCAACCAGGUGUCUAAAACCCUCGGGUGUCAUCUAAGACACUGUCAGUUUCAUUACCUUCACAUAUUUCUAGAGUGCACCAUACAUUUCCAUGAUAUUGUCUGAAAUAUUAAUCAGUGCUCACCAUUUCCCUAUUAUAGUUGGUUAACUUGUGCAUGUACAAGUACUUAACUCGCAGCCUGAAGAGAGUUGUCACACACUCAACAUAUGCAAAAUCCGAUGAGUCCUGAUGAGUGAAUUAUUACUUUUUUUUUAUUCCAGCAUUAUAAUAUUUCAGCAUAAGUGUUCUUAGACUUGGCUUGACCAACAUAUCAGGGGUUUGUAUGUAAAGUCAGUGAAACAGGCGAUUAAACAGGACCAUGUAAAUCCUAUAAGCUAUACCUAAACGGUUAGAGAAACUUGUACCAGUUCUGAGGCUCACGGCUUAUUUGUAGCUUAUAUUUAGAGAUGUUUAGUAAUAAAGGGGAUGUAUGAGGCUAGCAGAAUCUCUGUUAAUCUGGUUGUCAUAAAAAGUAGACCGUCAUAUAGUGGAUUUCAUAGAUGGAGCUGAAUUUCUCUUAUAUGAGUCAUGCUCUGCAGAAUUAGAGCGUUUUAUUUUUUUAAGUUAAGAUAAGUUGUUGGAUAGAGCAUCAGUCUGGUCGGAACUUCUUCACAGUCUUCUCCCAUCAAUAUACAAACGUAAAUUUUGUAAUGUCGUUGCCAUGUAGUUAUAUUUGUAAUUUUUUUAUUUCCAAUCUGCUCACAGUGCCUGGAGAGGAAAAGUUGAUGAACACAGACCAACGUUUGACAUCGUGAAAAGUUGUGCAAGGCAAAAUAAACAAUCUCAGUAAAUGAUGAAUAACCAAAAUAAGAUAUUCUCUCUGAAUUAUCAUUAGUAUUCCAGAAGAAAUGUGCAUUAGGUAUUUGUUUCAUUAGAAAGUCUGUAUUUACACUGUCUGUAUUUUCUACUUUUCUAGCUAAUGUAAUCCUUUUAUGGGCAUCAGGUCAGGACUAAUAAGAAACACAUCAAGACCAGGUGAUAUCGCUGUCACCUCUGUCUCUAUUAGAUGCUUAAGGAUGCAAUAAACAAAAGGUCCAUAUUGCCCACCUGUGAAUGAGGAGAUUUAGCGGUAGCGACUGUGACACAUAGCAGACACACAUAAGGAGAAGUGCGACUAAACCAAAUCCAGCAGAAAUGUAGAUGCAGUUGAAGGUUCUUGAGAGAGUUGCUGCUGUGAAACAAUCAGAAAAUAACUUCUCAUUUUUCACUUUUGCUGUGUUUUUAUUUUUCUGGUGCUCUCUCUUCACUCUCUGUGUUGCUCGACCAUGGCUGUUCUCUCUUUAGUUACAUGCUCAUCCCAGCUUCUCAAAAAGUAUCAAAGUAUUGAUAAUUUGACAACCUCCCAUGGACAUUACAGUACGAUGUGAAUAAUUAUCUCAGCCAGGAACAUGUAACAUAUGGAUUUCAUUGUAUCAUGUAAGAAUAUUCUCCGGAUCAUGCUGUACUUUUCAGAACAUGGCUGAAAAUCAUUAUUAUUGACCUUUAUUGAUCAACAGCAGAACAGAAAAACAUGGUAUUGUUAAGGAAAGACAAUGGUGACUGAGGGAAUUAGAGUCAGCAUCAAUAGCAGGGGUUAGGGUUAGGGGGCUGCCGACACUCUCUGCUCUUAGUGUUUGAUGAUUUUUUUUUUAAUCAACUUUGUAAGCAGGCUUAUUAAUCAAUCAAUAAAUCAAUCAGAUAGCCUCUACAGAAAAUCCAAUCCAGUUUAUUUCAACAAUCCAGUGGCACCAUUUUUGUGAAUCCUGUGGAGACAUCUUUUGGGAGUUUGUUUGGGGAGGUUUUUUUGUUUAGAUUUUCAAAAUUCUGAUGUUUUAGUCAGUUUUGUUUUCUCUUAAAGGUGUAUUUAUUUACACAAGUUUAUUUAUCAACUUAACAUAAUCUUUUGCGGUGCAUUGAAUGUCGACAGAAUUUCUGUAUCAUAGGUAUUGUGCUAACCAGUUGUGCAUGCUGGAGCACUGAUAAACAACUGAAAAGGCCAAAGAAUCGAGGUGUCGGUAGAUAUUAAAAGGACUAAUUUACUGCUAAGAAGAUAAUGUUUUAAAAAUAAAACAUUAAAGUCGAUGUUUAAAUUUAAAUGUUUAUUUUUUAAUAUUUUUUUUUACCUUGCAGAGGAUGAGGAGUCUCAGGGAAUUGGCAGUAGAUGAUAGUCUAAUGCAAGUGUGCAUUGUGUGCAGCCAAGAAAUCAAGCACAUGCCACCUGCCAAAUGUAGGGCAAGUGUUGGCUGUGGCAGGUGAAAGUUUCAGGCUACCUGCCAUCAAAGCUGCCAGCCGUAUUUUCAGUUUUCCUAGAAGCAUUCGCGUGUUAAAAAUAGUUGAAUGGUCAUUGAUUAUGGGGAAUGUGGCACCAUACUGAUCCCAGUGCAAGGCUUUUUUUAAACUAAGAUGUAUCUGUAAAAAGCGUGAAGCUCUUGUAUUUAAGGUUGAGUAACUAAGUCCUAAUACUGAGUUUAACUUCUUUUUUAAAUCUGGUGCAACAUGUCGUAGUUGAGGCCGGCUGUCAUCCAUCACUGUAACUCCAGAUUUAUGAAAGAUGAAGAGACACUGGUUCACUGUAAGACAGGUUAGCCGACAGCUGAAGUUAGUUUUGAUGUUUUUUACAUUUUAAAAGAAUAUCAUCAUGAAUGCAGCAGAGACUUCACACAACAGUCAAACUCUUGGAGAAAUAUUGUCACUGAGUGUAACACCUGAAGAUGGUGAGCGCAAAGAUUGUUAGAAAUGUGAGUAACUGUAAAAAAAAAUGGUCAGACAAUGAGACCUGUUAUUCAUCCAAUGACCUGCAGACCAUCUUACAUUUUUAUUGUUUAUAAGGACCAAAUGCAAAAGUGCUUCAUUCAGACAUAAUAUGAUCAAUUUAGUUUCAUCAAAAUGUUACGUAUGAUUUUAAAUGUUUUUAAGUGUUAAGAACGACUAAUUUGUCCAGAAUGUCUUCAAAUGUGACGUUCUUCACAGGAGCUUUACAUUUCUGUCAGUUGGUGUAACGAGCGAUCAGCGGCUUUGGUCGAAAUGGAUCAAGGUUCUCACGGCACCCACUGUACGGGGAGGAAUUUCCUUUAUUGUGUUUGUUUCUAAGAUAUUGAACUUGCAAGAUCAGCCAAUCAGGGGCAUGACUGACUUGACUGACAGUCAUUGUAGCUAUUCGUGGGGAGGCUAAAGGCCUGCCUCCGGUAGGUCGACUGGAGGUUAGGUUGAGUCGGUAUUUCCAGUAAGGCGGCUGCUGCCAGUAGAGUUCAAAACUCACUGAUGCUAUGUCCAUGUAUGAUAUACAGUCUAUGGUAAUAAGUACUGCACAAUUUAUAGUGAGCAGGUUUUUAUAGUGAAUUAUUUCAUUGCUGUGUUGAAUGCUAGAUUUCAAUUAGUCAACAGAACAGUUAUCUCUCAUCAGCGCACUGUUAAUAUGGAUUUGGCUCCAAUCACAGACUCUGACAGACUAACUGAACUCACAGAAAUCUGCGUUCUUUCUUUUCUUUUUGCUUUUCUGUCUUUUUUUUCCUCUCAGUUCCUUUUUGUCAAUGCAGUUUAACCACACAAAAUAUGUGCAUCCUGCACUGUCACCGUGACUGAUUCCGUUACACAAGCAAAAAUAAAGUAUCAGAGGUUAAAGUUGGUUGAUGCGCCUUUGUAGUCGUUCCCAUUGAACUUGAAUCUCUUCUAUUUGACAUACUUCAGAUUUUUGGAUGUUUUUAAAUGGGUUAAGACUCAUAAUAUCUGUGCAUAUGUAGCAGCAUGUUUGUUCCAGUGGUCACACAUCAAAUAAACCACUCUGCCGUGAACGACUUCAGUUUGCUGUUUUUGUUUUAUACAACUGCUGCGGUUCGCUUCCCUCUGUGAAGUUGACAUUUGUUUUUACACCUGAACAGGAUGCUUCAAGUGAACAUGUGACAUGCCCCUAAAUAAAACCAUUCUGGUUUGUGUUGUUGCAGAUUUUAUGGACCAAGCCUUUUUUGAAAUCCUGUUUCAUGUCAGAGCCAUAUUUUUUUCUCUAUAAAUCUUGAUAUUUUUUUUCAUAUAAUCUAAAAUGCCGUUUCCUCCCAUAAUCUGAUCUUUUAGAAAUUAGGAUUUAAAAAAAACCCUGCUUCCUUGAGUAUUUGUGUAGAGUUGCGCUUUGUAUAAGAGGUUGUUACUCAACCAGACAACUAAAGCUUCACCAUUCAUGUGGCAUUAUUUAUUCUAACACUUUUCUGUCACACAUUGUGUUCUGUGUGUUUCAUAACAAGCUCUCUGUUUGUUUUUCAGUGUUUCACUGGCAAGCCACAAUAAUGGGACCUGUAAGUAUUCACUCAGUGACAGCUCUUAGCUCAAUACUCGAGUUUUACCUGAGGAUUAACAUUUACGUUGACAUGACAGCAGUGUGUCCCAUUCUUUUAUUUGAAAUCUUGACAUCUGUUUGUUUUUAGAGAACAUCACUCACACAAAAUCCACUGAGGUGAAGCAAUUGAGUCUUUAAUGAAUCUGUCUUCAUUCUUCUCUUAGAAUGACAGUCCUUACCAGAGCGGGGUUUUCUUCUUGACCAUACACUUCCCCACAGAUUACCCCUUCAAACCGCCAAAGGUAACCGAGAGAUAGACGCACACAAACGUACACAGAAUGAGUGUGAGCAGUAUACAUCAACAAAGUAACAGUGCAGCCCCCAGAGUGCUGCUUGCCUGUUCGAACAUGUCAAAGCUCUGCAUCAUUCAGAGUUCUCUUUCUCUCACCUGCCCCUCUUACUCACCCUCCCCCCUCUCAUUGGUUCUCACCCUGUUUGUUAUCAGGUUGCAUUUACCACACGAAUCUACCACCCAAAUAUCAACAGCAACGGCAGCAUCUGUCUUGACAUUCUGCGAUCACAGUGGUCUCCAGCUCUCACCAUCUCCAAAGGUAAGCUGUUCUUCUCCGGCCCUCUGACUUUUGUCAACAAUGAUUAUGAGAGAGUGAAGGAAAGAAAAGAGAAGCAUAGAGAUUUCCCACAAAUUACCCUCCGUCACGUUUUGUUGAGGCAUUUGUCCUUGAGUCAAACAUGAGUGUCCAUCUCUCGAAAUGUCAGCUUAGCCAUGUUUUUCUAAGAUCUGUGUUUCACGUGCCUUAGUUAGCCAUCAAAAGUCAAGAGUUCUGAAAUAUGAUGAUAUCUGCUCUGGUUAACCUUGCCUGGUCCAUUUCAGUCCUCCUGUCCAUCUGCUCUCUGCUGUGUGACCCAAACCCGGACGACCCCUUAGUACCUGAGAUCGCCCGCAUUUACAAGACGGACAGGGAAAAGUAAGCUGUGUUGUUAUGUGCAUCAUUCAAAUGUGUUCAGGUUUUUUGGUGUCUCUUGCCAAAAUGAUAUUUGUGAUAGCUAGUGUUAACUUUUCAGUUCAUCUACAACAGAGUGAUCAACUGUCAAGUCUUAGUAGUCCUAUAUGAAGCUGUGCUAAGGUCUGUUCUGAUCAAAGUCUCUUUUGAAAAUUGAGAAAAGUUAACAGAUGAGCAGCUUUCUGUGAGACAGGGAGCGCUGCAGACUGUAGCUUCAUGUUAGCUGCUGGUAUCCUCUAAUGUAGAAAAGUCCUCAAACCCUGUCAUUAAGUCCCACUCUUAACAGUUGUAGUUUUCUGGGUUCUUGCGCACUGGUUCACUGCGCCACCAGGCUGGCACCCUUUUGGAUCUCUACUGCUCUCCAGUUAGCACUGAAGUUUCUUCUCUCUCUCUCUCUUACGGCCUGUCGAGGCCCGCUCUUCUGCGUGCACCGGUUUAUAAAGGUGUUUUAGUGUCACUGUCAAAAUCACUCAGUAAUAUAUGACUUUCACUCAAUCAUAUGCAACUUUCAAAACCUGCAGACCUUCAGCAGAUCAGUACUUGCAAACCGAGAAACAUGUAUAUCAUGUUUGCAAAGCAAUCCACCAGUUACCUCAUCCACCAUCACUUGAAUAAAAUCAAACCCAUCUUCAAAUAAUAGUCUCUUUCUUUAUGUACAAGUACACGUACAGCAGCUUUGAAGCUUCCCAUGAAAAAUGAUGGAAACUGCCUUUAAAAAGAUACAAGUUGUCUACUAAAUGAAAGAAAUAACCUUCUAAAACCGGGACAAUGCUGUUUGCUUACUUUGGCCCUUUAUUGGUGAAGCCUUACAAACUCGAGAGCUAUCUAGUUUUGACAAACGAUCAAUAACAUGAUUUUCAGUGGAGGGUUAGACCACAUGUUGAAUACCUGAAUGAUAAACAUUCUUGUUCUUUACUGGUUUGUCUAACAUUUAAAGUCUCUCUGUUCAGUUUUGACUGCUCUUUGAAACAUUCUCCAGGGCUUGACAGUGCGACCGUUUCACUGUGACUGAAAAUAGAUGUCUGCGAGUUGUAAAAUGUGUUUCGAGGGCACAUGUGCAUAAGAAAAAAUCAGCCGAGGCAACAAAUGUGUUUUCAUGUAAAUACCGCAGUGAAGUUAGUUUUUGGUUGGAUAUUCGACGGACAUUCACUGCGGAUCUACCGGUGUUUUCUCAGUUCUCACUCUACAUAACCGUGAAUAGCAACAGCAGCAUGGUUAAAUCUACUCGGCACCCUUGCUGUCAACAUCAGGUGUUGAAUAAGGGACCAUCAAUAAAUUACCGUUUGAUGUUCUCAGAAAACGCUGUUUUCCUUCAAUAGCCUCCAUGUCAUGUGACCAAUUGACCUAGAAUUGAUUUCAAAUAAUAGUACUUGUGUUGACUAAUAAGACACACCUCUUUAUUUUCCCUAAUUUGUCCUCUAAAAGUUUUUAUGUUAAAAUUAAAGGCAAAUUUUGAACAUGUUCUUCAGUAGCUUCCAUGCCAUGUGACUAAGAGACCUAAAAUUGAUUUCAAAUAAUAGUACUUGUGUUGACUAAUAAGACACACAUUAUUCGAUCAGUUUUCAUUGUGUCCCCAAAGUUCUUUGUGUGCCUCUUACUUUUUCAACUUUGGAGCACAUGUGCUGAUCUGCUGUUAAAUGUUUUAAUCUGCGCUGUUACAAGUUAAUAAUGUCAUUAGUGUAGGAAUGUUAAACAUCUGUUUCUGAGAUGACCAUGAUAUAAACCUUUUAACCUCUGCUUUGCUGCAGUACCAGCAGACCAUAUUUUUAUCCAUUGGUUGUUUUGUGGCAUCUCAGCUUUCAUGUUAAUGUUGUAAAUGGACAGAAACAGUCAAUAUAACAUCUCAAACACCACAGCAACACUUUCACAGGUCUUUAAUGCACUUGUGAUUUGUGAAAAGCUUAAUAAAAGAGUACUGCAGUCUGACUUGGACUCUCUAUCUCUGGGGACAAUAGUUAUAAUACACUGAUUGAUAGUGGUAACUCAUAUUCAUCGUUUAGAGCCAUAACAUGCUGAUUCUCUGAGUCUGGAGUUAUUGGCAUGCAACCGCUAAACAAAUUUCUAUCCUUUGUUACAGAAGUAAAAAAGGAAAGUCUUUGUCUUCUUGCCUCAGAUGAUCAAAGUCAGAAGAGGAAAUCAAUUCUCUGUGUGCAUAUGAUGUUAAUGACUGAUCAUUUAACCCAAGUACUCAUAAAAAGACACUUGAAUAUGAGUAAUAGUGGGGACUUGAUGAGUAUGACGUGGUACACCUAAAACAAUUCCCUCUGCUUUCUUUGUGAUCAUACUUCUCUACUUGUCCAGGGUCAUCAGAGACAGUCAUUCCAACCAUCUGCAGCCUUUUUUUGUUUCCACUGGCCAUGACCACUCCUAAAAUUUACUCCACUUCUCAAAGGAAACAAUUAACAUAUAUGUCAACACAAUGCAAAGAAUCAACCAAAACAGGGUCUGCUGAGCUUGCCUUUCUUUUAUUUCAUCUGUCUAGAAAAGAAAACACUGACCUACUGGAGAAUAAACUCUGUAUUCCUCAGCACUUUCUCCUCUCGUCACGAAAUUCACAAGAAAACACACCAGUGCUAAGGAUGCACCAGCAUCUGGUUUCGAAGUAGUUCAGUUGAUCUCGCACAUGUUUACCAGAAAGCUGUAGAGGAGAAGCAGCUUUUAAAAAAAUGUGAAAAGUGCAAAUUGUUUGCAAAGCUUGUACAGUUAGAUUUAUGAAUAAAAUGUGCUGUCGACAACAUAUUUGAAACCUGUUUAUUUGUUUCAUAGGAGUUUGGGUGUCACCAUUUAUGAGGAAUUAGGCGCAUUCAAGAUCAAUGAAUACAAGAGUUGAAAAGACAGUGACUGCUGAGUGUUCUGCAGCAUGCGUAUGUGUUACUGUCUUUACUGAGACAGACAACUAACAACUUUGUUUCUCUCUGCUUGUCCACAGGUACAACAAAAUAGCUCGGGAAUGGACACAAAAGUAUGCAAUGUAGUGUUGGGGUAGAAUCAUGGCCAACCACCUCUACAAAAUAAGGUUAGGGGAGCUUCAGACGUAAAGAGAAAACAAACAAAAAACCAUUCAAACAAUGAAGUUUAAAACAAGAUCUUGUUGGUUUCCAGUGGAGUGCUUUCUUUGAGCCACGCCUCCCCUUCACCAGAGUACCUGUAAAAAUUCCCUCUACCCCACCUCCCUACAUUUCUCUCUCUCACUUUCUCUGUUUGACUCCCCCCCUGUUCCCCCUCCCCUCCUGCCCCUCAGCUCACCUGCUCAUCCUACAGUGUACAUAUUGUCAACAUGCGAUGGUAAUUCCAAUCUUUCCCUUCUCCCUUUUCACCCCCCUCCUCCCCUCCAUGUGACCUCUCCUGACCUCUUUGUUCCAUAACACUUUGUCACCAUGCAAGCGGGGCUUUUGCUGCCCACCCAAUUCAACCUAUUUCUUAAACAAGGCUGUGUCUUCAGCCUCCUUCCCCAGACAUUCAUCACUUAAAGCAUUCCUUCAAGUAACUGUAAAAUUUGAGGGGAACGUUUUCUUUAUUUCUCUUACUCUUUAGGAAGGUGGGGGGACAAUAAGAUGGAGGGAUUUUUACACUCUGCACCCUUUUUCUUGUUUUGUUGUCCUUGUAUUUCCCAUCUGUAGAGGUGACGAUUCAAGAAAAACAGUUUUCGCAAGCGAGUCGAAGGGCACUCUGUAUUUUAUACAAUAAAUACAUCAAAGAAAUAACUGCAAGCUAUAUAAAAAGGAGAAACAAAUCGCAUGGCCUACUUUGGUCUUCUGUUGGAUUCUAUGAAAGGACUUGAAUUUAUCCCCACAUUUCCUGCUCCUGACUCCUCCCUCCCACCCCACCUUACCCAAAUUAACCCCUUUAAACACACACAUAGACACACAUUCACGCACAAAUGUAACCCUAUGUCACCCCCUCACCACCACUAUCACCAACUUUUCUUUAUUCACAAAGUGAAGGUUCUGGACCAGGUAUUUAAGCUUUUUAAUUUUCUUAGUUUAACCUGUGUUUCAUCCCCUCCCUCCCCCCUUCCUCCUCCCCCCAUAACUCUUUAGGUUACAUUAUUUUUCUUUUCUGUUUCGUUUCCUUUUUGUUUUUAUUUUAUUUUGUUUUUGGUUUUUUUUUCGCUAUUGUCAAAUUAGAGGCUAACAUCUUAAAUGGCUAUGGGACUGGCUUGGGCUCUGGGUGCGAGGAGAACCCACUCUUCUUGCACAAAACCUCUGUAUAUUGAAUUACCUGAGAGGCUCGUUGAGCUUUGUGUGUUGAUUAAACUGUGUAAUAAAAUCCAUUGACUCCUG